AUGGCCUCCACGCCUCCACCCUCGCAGCCAGUCCCCAUACGCUCUCCCGAUAAGCGCAACGUCGACAUCCGUCACCCAGUCCCCGAUCUGCAAUCGCUGCAAGGGGCCUACCUGGGCAACAUUGAGCGUCUCGAGGAACAUGCCGAGCGCAUGAGCGAGGCCGGCUCCGACCUCCAGGAAGAGAUACGUAAGACGUACUCGGAACUCAAGCUGACAGACAGCCGACGUUCCUCGCUACGCUCUCUCCAGACGGGUGAAGAACUUACUAGGCGUCUUAGCAACAGGAGCCGCGGCGUCUCCAUCAGUUCCCAUGCCAACUCUAUAGUCGACCUGAACGGCAAUGCACGAUGGGGGGGUUACUCUCCAGGGGGUUACAUCACGUCACCCGCCGAUUCUUUGCGCUCGGGAUCUUUGCCUAAACCUCCGACUUCGAACCAGCGUCAGCGAUCAGAAUCAAAAGCGUCACGGUUGGGCCAGGUUGUACAUCCAGAGCAAGUUAAAGUCAGACAAAGAUACUAUGCUGCCCAAACAUCGUCACCCACACUGCCUCCAACUGCUCCGCCCCCCGAGGACCGUGAUUCAGUAUCACCCCCACAGCGAAAAGUCUCGUCCUUUACUAGGAUAUUUGAUGAUGUUGCAAAUGGACUACCCGAAGACUUGCGCAAUACCGUCAUGACGGGCACACCUCCUAGGCACCCUGACGGUCACUAUUCUGAAGACAUGCAUGAUCAGUAUCCAGACCACCGCAACCUCCCUGACCGACCACCCACCUCGGCCUCAACCGAUACUACCCAUCAAGCACACACACUAUGGCAAGACUUUGAUGGUGUUCACUGCCCAGAUACUGUCAAAGAAGAAUCGGAAUCGUCACCCCACAGUCGCCGUCGUCAUAGCCGGCCAUCCUCCUACAGCCACUCAUUUACGGAUAAUAACUCAGGCCAUCAGUCUUAUGGCGCUCCACCACCUGAAGAUGGCAUGGUCUUCUAUCCUGCCCCUGUUCCACAAAUGCUCAACCUUCCAAAACGUCUGUCACAACUACCCCCAAGUGAUACAAGAGCCCGGCGCCGGACACAAGUUCUUGAAUCGAUGCAGGCGGAAAACAGGAAAUCGAUGCCCAUGAAUCCAGAUAACAUCAUGGAGACCUCCAAGGCAAAUAAGAGGAAGACGAGACAGAGUUUAAUGGGCCUACCGCCUCAAUUGCGAGCAAGUGCUUACUUCGACAAUCAAGUGGCUCCUUCGCAGGAAUUUGCCGUCAAAGGUGAAUCUGCUCAAGACACACUCGAAAGCAUCCUGGAUGCAUCUGCACGUGCACCAGUCUCUGCGUUUACCGACCAUCCUUUUGGCGGCGAUGUAACCCGUGAGGUUUAUGGUGUAGAUCACAAACGCAAGAGCUCCAAAUUGCCAGAAGUGCCGCCAACACUGCAACAAACCAGGAGGCGAAGCUCUUUCAACAUACUCGACACCAAUCACAAUGCAAAUGGAGAACGCCUCAAGAAACUGAAGAAACGCAAUAGCUCGGCUGAUAUGAACCUACUUCUGGUCAAGGCAAGUGAAAAUAGGAUGAGUCUAAGUGACGACUUGGACCAUUGUGAUGAAGAAGAACGAGGCCCUCAUACUGCAAAUGAUUUGAACCAUUCUCGAAAUUCCCAGGAGAACCCGAAUCGCCACUCUGAUGACAAUGACCGUGAACACGAGGAUACUUCGAGUGAUGAAGAUAAAGAGGAAGAGGACGAAGAAUCAGAAGAAGAAGAGGAAGAGCCCCAGUUUGGUGCACCAACUACCUUGCUAGCUGAACUUCAGCUGCGACAAGCAAAGCAAAAGUUAAGAAACAUGAACUACGUCACCCUGAUGGAUCAAGGUCUGAUUGACGGUCGCCAAACUUUGCUUCAAAUGAACGAUGUAGCCGAAGCUGAGAAGCAGCGCAGGAUCCGCAAAAAGGUCAAUCUUGCCUGGGAAGCCCCUGGAGAAGAUGAUGAUUCUGAGGACGAUGUACCGCUGGGUGUUUUGUAUAAACAAGCUGCGCCAAACUAUGCGCCACGCAAGAUUGUGGGACUGAUUGAGCAGCGCGAAAUGGAGGACAACGAACCCUUGAGUCGUCGGCGAAAUAGGCUUCGUGGGGCUGACCCGAGACCUCGCCAGGCUCCUCAGCCCGGACAACCUGGCCAUGAACCGAAUCUUGCGGUUCCAGACAUCAUGGCUGAUCCCAUCUCAGAGGAAGAGGAGGGUGAGACGCUGGCUGAGCGUAUGCGUCGACUAAAGGAGAAGCAACAGCUUGAUGCGGCCUUGGGAGAUGAUGUUCGCAAGAGCACCGUGAGCGGUGAUUUUGCGGCUGAGAUGAUGAGCAAACUCGGUGUUUCAGAAGGCCAUGAUGAAGCCCAGGAUGCACACAAAGCCGCGGUUGCCCCGGGUACUGGGGAGGAAGAGGAGGAGACUCUUGGUCAGCGCCGCGCCCGCCUCCAGGCUGAGGCGGCGGCCCGUGGUGACCAGAUACCAUCCGCUGGCCAGCGUCCCAUGUUACGUGGUGCCUCUUCUCUCGCAGACAUUCUCUCUGCCAAUCCACUUGAUCCUCACUACCAAGCGCGCAAGGUGUCAAACGAAGCACUGAUUUCGAACCUCCCCCAAGGUAGUCUUCUGCGCCAAAACAUUGUCGACGAGGAGCGAAGAAAGCAGGAACGUCUCACGGCAUAUCGGCGAACCUCUGGUUAUGGACCUAUGGAUCCUCUGGUCCCAGGCAUCGGCGACAAGGAAAAGGAUGACGAUGAUGACAAUAUUCCUUUGGGCAAGAAGAUCCAGGCCUACAAGGAUGCCCAUAAUCCAAUCACGAACGGGCAGAUGGCUGCUAGUAUCUCCAAACUCAACGCUCCGCGAUCUCCGUCACCACCGCCACCUCAACCGCAGCCGCAACCACAGCUACCAGGUAUGCUGGGCAUGAACAGCAUGGGAAUGAUGUCCGCACCCAACUUGAACAUGCCCAUGCAGCAGCCCAUGAUGGGCGGUGGUAUGGGCAUGGGGAUGAACAUGGGCAUGCCAAUGGGAAUGGGAAUGAACAUGGGUAUGAUGGGUGGCGGCAUGCGUCAAAGCACCAUGAUGGGCGGUGGAGUCGGAAUGCCCAUGCAGAUGAAUCCCAUGCAAAUGAAUGGAAUGGGCGGUAUGCAAAUGCCCAUGCAGAUGCAGAUGCCCAUGAGCGGUGGCAUGCCAAUGGGAGGUAUGGGUGGCGGAAUGCCUAUGGGAAUGCCCAUGGGUAUGAUGCCAGGACAGAUGAUGGGACCGCCCAUGGAUCCGAGACAGAGAGACCAGAUUGAUCGGUGGAUGUCGGGCAUUAGGAACUGA